CUUCCCCUGAAAUGGCUAUAUGCCAUCUUCUUCAAAUGAAGGCCAACCGUUCCUUCUUCAAAUGCAUCAGCUAAGGCUUUCACUCUGUGAAAUUAGUCGCCUCGUUCUUCCUGUUCGUCAAUAAUCGGGCUCAAUUUCGCCAUUUUUAUUGCUUUGAAGAGUUCGAACCUCAAAUGGAAGGCGCUAUCUUCCCCAACAAAUCUCCACUUCCAGUGAGUAGACCCAAUCAACCAGCUGAAACUUUGCGGUUCAAUUCGACAGCUCUUCCACCUCCUCCGCCUCCCUCGCUGCCCUCUUCCUCCCCUCCGAUCGAUACCCUUCUUCAGCAUCUUCUUCAACUGUCCCUGCCGCCCAAUGACAGUGCUCACAAGCUCAAACCUGCAAAUGUUGCGCAAAAGAAUGUUCCCCAUUUGCCUUCGCUUCGAAUUUCCGUGGAUUCGAACAAGAAACAGCGAGAACGGCCUCAGAUGAAGAAACCCGUGUUGUACAAUGACGAGGAAAUUCGAGAUGGGUCUCCUCAAUUUCUCUACAAAAAGGGUAUGUGGUUACUUAAUUCAAUCGUUGAGCAGCCUUUUGAUAGCUUGAAUGAUUUUUUUGAUUCUGUCAAGUUUGAGUUGCGUGAAAUUGAUUUGCUGAGUCUGUUGAAAGCGCUAGAUCAUUCGGGUAAUAGUGAGAGAGCUAUUGUGUUGUUUGAAUGGUUUGUAUCGAACUCUGGCUCUGUCGAUGUGAAAUUAGACAACAAAGCUUUUGAACUUAUGAUAAAAAUUCUUGGAAGAGAAUCGAAAUAUUCAACUGCACUCAAGGUGUUCGACGAAAUUCCCAUUGACAAAUACUCGCUUGAUGUUCGAGCUUGCACCUCGAUUCUUCACGCUUAUUCUCGCAGUGGUAAGUAUAAGCAUGCCAUUGCCAUGUUUGAGAGAAUGAAGGACUGUGGGCUAUCUCCAAGUUUGGUUACUUAUAAUGUCAUGCUUGAUGUUUAUGGGAAAAUGGGUCGCUCUUGGGAUAAGAUUUUAGGAUUGUUGGAUGAAAUGAGAAGUGACGGCUUGGAAUUUGAUGAAUUCACCUGUAGUACUGUGAUAUCUGCUUGUGGAAGAGAGGGUCUUCUAAAUGAAGCCAAAGAGUUCUUUGUUGGAUUGAAGUCAAGUGGUUAUGAGCCAGGAACUGUCACUUACAAUGCUCUACUUCAAGUGUUUGGAAAAGCAGGGAUAUACUCAGAGGCUUUAAACAUCUUGAAAGAGAUGGAGGAUAAUAAUUGCAACCCGGACUCUGUUACUUACAAUGAGCUUGUAGCUGCUUAUGUUCGGGCUGGAUUCCACGAGGAAGGAGCUUCUGUCAUUGAAACAAUGACACGCAAGGGCGUAAUGCCGAAUGCUGUGACUUAUACUACUGUCAUUAAUGCCUAUGGUAGGGCAGGUAAGGAGAUGAAGGCAUUGCAGUUAUUUGACCAGAUGAAGCGAUCGGGAUGUGUUCCGAAUGUGUGCACGUAUAAUUCUAUUCUUGCAUUGCUGGGAAAGAAGUCACGGUUGGAGGAAAUGAUAAAGAUACUCGGUGAUAUGAGAAUAAAUGGAUGUUCUCCAAACCGAAUCACAUGGAACACGAUGCUUGCUGUGUGUGGUGAUAAGGGGAAGCACAAGUUUGUGAACCAUGUUCUUAGGGAGAUGAAAAAUUGUGGUUUCAACCCAGGUAGAGACACAUUUAACACAUUAAUAAGUGCGUAUGGCCGUUGUGGAUCGGAGAUUGAUGCAGCGAAGGUGUAUGGUGAGAUGAUUAAAGCUGGAUUCACACCAUGUGUUACAACUUACAACGCGCUUCUGAUCGCUUUGGCUCAACGAGGAGAUUGGAAAGCAGCGGAAUCUGUGUUUCUGGAUAUGAGGAAGAAGGGAUUCAAACCGAAUGAGACGUCAUUCUCAUCGAUGCUCCAUUGCUAUGCAAAGGGGGGAAAUGUGAGAGGAUUAGAGAGGAUUGAGAAAGACAUUUAUGAUGGUCAUAUCUUCCCCAGCUGGGUUCUUUUGAGAACACUCAUUCUUGCAAACUCCAAGUGCAGAGCAGUUAAAGGAAUGGAAAGGGCAUUUGAGGAGUUGAUCAAGAAUGGAUACAAGCCUGAUAUGGUUAUAUUCAACUGUAUGCUAUCGAUUUUCGCUAAAAAUAACAUGUACGAAAGGGCCCACGAGAUGUUGCACUUGAUUCGUGAAGCUGGACUGCAACCAGAUCUCGUCACCUACAAUAGCUUAAUGAAUAUGUAUGCAAGAAGAGGAGAAUGCUGGAAAGCAGAAGAAAUCCUCUCGGGACUUAUAAAAUCUGGCGAAAAACCCGAUCUCGUGUCGUAUAACACCGUAAUCAAAGGCUUCUGCAGACAAGGGCUCAUGCAAGAAGCCAUUAGAAUUAUGUCUGAGAUGACAGCUCGGGGGAUUCGUCCUUGCAUAUUCACCUACAACACUUUCGUGUCGGGCUAUGCAGGACGGGGAAUGUUUGCAGAGGUAGAUGAAGUCAUUAACUACAUGAUACAGAACAAUUGCAGACCCAAUGAACUUACCUACAAGAUUGCAGUGGAUGGUUAUUGUAAAGCAAGAAAAUACCAAGAUGCUAUGGAUUUCGUGUCCCGGAUCAAGAACUUCGAUGAUUCGUUCGACCAACAUUCCACUCGAAGGCUCACUUCCCAUAUAAGGGAGCUGAUGAACUCUUGAUCUCUCCAGGUAUUCCUACUGCUCAAUUCUUUGUUCAUUUAUAGAGAAGUUCAUGUAGAUAUAAUUACAAAACAUUAAACACCUUACCAGCUCAUUCAUAAUUCAUUUCUGAUUAGUCUCUGGAUGGUUCUGAUAGGAGACUAUAUGAGUUAUUAUGGAUCAUCUCUGUCAAGUUUUGCAGCAGUCUUAGUUUCUAUGAACAUAAAUUAUGGUUGUAGGCUGUAGCAAUCUGCUGGUAUAUAAUAAACUUAUUUCUGGACCUCU